AGACAAGAGAAGACAUGGACAAGCCGGCCCGUGAACAGUCGCCAUCCGGCGUCAGGCCGUCCUCCUGCCGCGGCUGCGGUGCACUGCUCUAGAAAGGACAGCUGCUUCGCCUGCUUCAGAUCUCACAGCUGAGGGAUCACUGACGUCUCUGAGCUGCAGGGGGCAGCAGCUCACCAGCAGAACCAGGGCAGACCAGCGUUCACAGGAGCAGGAAACCAGAGGAGGGUUGGACUUCAAAGCUGCUGAGUAGGAAAAGAAACUCUUCAAACACUGGCUGUUGUUGAGAGGAGGAAAUGGCUCAGGGAGGAGCUCAGCUGGAUCCACUAAAGUUCUCUUGUUCCAUCUGUCUGGAUCCCCUGAAGGAUCCGGUGACGGUUCCCUGUGGACACAGCUACUGCAGCAACUGUAUUAAAAGACACUGGGAUGAAGAGCAAAACAAGGGACUCUACAGCUGUCCUCUGUGUGGGGACAAGUCCUGGAGGAGGCCUGACCUGAAGAAAAGCGUCAUGUUAGCAGAGUUAGUGGAGGAUCUGAAGAAGACUGGACUCCAAGCUGCUGCAGCUGAUCUCUGCUCUGCUGGACCUGAAGAUGUGGCCUGUGAUGUUUGCUCUGGGAGGAAGCUGAAAGCCGUCAAGUCCUGUCUGGUCUGUGUGGCCUCUUACUGUGAGGAACACCUCCAAGGUCACUACGAAGCAGCUCCAUUGAAGAAACACCAGCUGGUGGAGCCCUCCAAGAAGCUCCAGGAGAAGAUCUGCUCUCUUCACGAUGAGGUGAAGAAGAUUUUCUGUCGCACUGAUCAGCAGUGUAUCUGUUCCCUCUGCACCAUGGACCAACACAGAGGCCAUGAAACAGUCCCAGCUGCAGCAGAAAGGAGGCAGAAGCAGAAGGAGCUGAAGAGGAGUCGACUAAACAUCCAGCAGAGAAUCCAGGAGCGAGAGAAAGAUGUGAAGCAGCUUCAGCAGCAGAUGUUUGCCAUCAAUGUCUCUGCUGAUGAAGCAGUGGAGCACAGCGAGGAGAGCUUCACCCAGAUGAUCCGUCUCCUCCAGAACAGAAGCCUUGAGGUGAAGCGGCAGCUCAGAUCCCAGCAGCAAACUGCAGUGAGUGGACUCAAAGAGCUUGAGGAGAAGCUGCAGCAGGAGAUCGCUGAGCUGAGGAGGAAAGACGUCCAGCUGGAGCAGCUGGCUCACACAGAGGACCACACCCAGUUUCUCCACAGCUACACCUCAGUGUCAGCACUCAGUGAGCCCACACACUCCUCCAGCAUCCAGACUGCUCCUCUCAGAUACUUUGAGGAUGUGGCAGCAGCUGUGUCAGAGAGCAGAGACAAACUCCAAGACAUCCUGAGAGAGACUGAAGAGGAGCUGCUGCUACUGCUACAACCACAGCCAGAGAGCAGAGCAGACUUCUUACAAUAUUCACAGCAGAUCACUCUGGAUCCAAACUCUGUGAACAGAGAGCUGAAAUUAUCUGAUGGAGACAGAAAAGUAACUUUAACAGAGGAAAUUCAGCCUUAUUCUGAUCAUCCAGACAGAUUCACUGGAUAUCUUCAGGUUCUGAGCAGAGAGAGUCUGACUGGACGUAGUUACUGGGAGGUGGAGAGGAGAGGAAUAGUUACUGUAGCAGUCACAUACAAGAACAUCAGCAGAGCAGGGAGGGGAAAGGAAUGUGGAUUUGGAUAUAAUGACAAAUCUUGGGCUUUAGAUUGUGACAUAUUUGACGGUUUUAUUUUCUGGCACAACAACAUCCACACUCCCGUCUCAGGUCCUGAGUCCUCCAGGGUGGGAGUGUACCUGGAUCACAGAGCAGGUAUUCUGUCUUUCUACAGCGUCUCUGAAACCAUGACUCUCCUCCACAGAGUCCAGACCUCCUUCACUCAGCCGCUACAUGCUGGAGUUAGACUUCAUGAUAACUUAUUAUUUGGACUUUCUAGAACCUCAGCAGAGUUCCUGAAACCUGAGUAG